GAGCAAUGAGGAGCUACUGAUUGUGAGAGCGAGCACCACCUCAUCUCGAUUCUUUCGGGCUAUCAUCUGCUGCCGCUACCCAGAGCCGUGCGACCAUUAUCACCCGUAGACAAAAAGCUGUCAGCAGAGCGAAGACCGUCUCGCUGCGGACUUCGGUUCGCCCGCUUAGCCUGCCCUGUCACCUCCAACCCUUAUACACUACGUCAGCAGCGAAAUCACUGCCAACACUCAUGACGGCGGCCGCCCCGUCUGAAUCUGGAGGUUGGCAUUUUAUCGGGAGCCCCGCAAGUUAACGGAGGCAACCAACAAGUCUAUGUGGACACGCGAACUUUGCUCCUUCUAGCUGAACGAUGCCUGGAGCAAUCAUACCCCAGUACCAGCGCCUGGGUUCGAGCGUACCCGUGUCCGUGAUUCGGAGAUCGCUGCGGCCCCGCGAGAAAUGUCUCAUUCUGCUCGUUUUUGCUACAUUGGGCAUAGUGGUUUUUUGGGCUUUCUUCUACCUGCCCGAGUACGGAAAGGUGUCCUAUCAAGUUCAGAAGGCUGGCGCGGACCUUCUUUUGCCACCUUCAGAGAGCAAGCACGGCGAAGCAGAAGAUCCCCACAAAAGAGAUGACAUUGAAAAACUGAAAAUUAGAAUAGAAAAUGACAGCGAUAAGGUUUUGGACAAGCCUGAAGUGAAAAGGGAUUCAACAGAGAGAUCAUUGGACCAACCAGAAGUAAUUCAGGCUUCCGAUCCCUCAAAGGAUCUAGGCGAAAAUUUGAUUCCAAGAUCAAGAAGCCCAAUGUUAAAUGGUGGGGAAGACAGAGAUGAUAAAUCUCGCGAGAGACGAAAUGUUGUGAAAAAGAUGAUGCAGCACGCGUGGGAAAAUUAUGAGUUAUACGCGUGGGGCAAAAAUGAACUACGACCGGUCACGAAGCGCGGUCACAGUGCUUCAAUUUUCGGUUCAGCAAGCUUGGGCGCCUCAAUCAUUGACGGGAUGGACACCCUGUAUAUCAUGGGGAUGGAUGCAGAGUUCCAGAAGGGACGAGACUGGAUUGCUCAUAAUCUGAAUUUGGACAACGUGAGUGCUGACUUGUCCGUGUUUGAAACGAACAUUCGUUUUGUUGGUGGUUUGUUGACCCUCUUCUCCUUCACUGGUGAUUCGAUGUACAAAGAUAAGGCUGUUCACAUAGCUGACAAACUGCUACCUGCAUUCAAUACUCAAACGGGAAUUCCCCUGGCAAUUGUCAAUUCUAGAACUGGAACCAGCAAAAAUUAUGGCUGGGCAAGCGGUGGUAGCAGCAUUUUGUCCGAGUUUGGAACGCUGCACAUGGAAUUCACCUACCUCUCUGACAUAACGGGUGAUCCCAAGUACCGAGAGAAAGUUGACAGGAUUCGCGAUGUGAUCAAGAAAAUGGAUAAACCAAAGGGACUCUAUCCUAAUUACAUCCACCCCAGGUCUGGAAAAUGGGGUCAAGCUCACAUGUCCCUUGGUGCCUUGGGUGAUAGUUUCUACGAAUACCUACUGAAAGCAUGGCUGCAGUCCAAUAAGCAAGAUGUCGAAGCGAGAAUUUUGUAUGAUGAUGCCAUGCAGGCCAUAACUGAGCACAUGGUCCGCACCUCACAAGGUGGACUCAUUUAUGUGUCUGACAUGAAAUUCGACCGACUCGAGCACAAGAUGGACCACUUGGCCUGCUUUGCUGGUGGUUUGUAUGGACUUGGAGCCAAAACACAGCAUAACGACCAGUUCAGCAGACACAUGGAGAUUGCUGAAGGAAUAACAAAUACAUGCCACGAAAGUUACAGCAGAUCAAACACCAAAUUAGGACCCGAGAGCUUCAGGUUCACCGAUGCAAUUGAAGCCAAGGCAUUGAAAAGCACUGAAAAGUACUAUAUUCUUCGGCCAGAGACAGUCGAAUCUUACAUGAUUAUGUGGCGACUCACCAAAGAGCAGAAAUACCGCGAGUGGGGCUGGGAGGUGGUGCAAGCCCUCGAAAGGCACUGCAAAGUCGAGGGUGGCUACACUGGAAUCAAAAACGUGUAUUCGGACGAUCCGCAGAAGGAUGACGUUCAACAAAGCUUCUUUUUAGCAGAGACUUUAAAAUAUUUAUACCUGUUGUUCAGUGACGAUAACUUGAUAUCACUAGAUGAGUGGGUGUUCAACACUGAGGCGCAUCCCUUGCCUAUCAAAGACGUGAAUCCGUACUACCGCGCCGCUUAAAAAUGCCAACUUUUCUCUUCAUCAACUUCAUACAUUCCUAACAAUAACAAAGAACUCGUUUGUCUCUGUUAGCUGUGUGGAUAUGUUGCUUUUGCACUGGCGGGCAGUAGGUCGUUUUUAAAACCACUAAGAGACUUUUAGAAAAGAUAAACGAGAGAUUCACUGCAAUACUGCUGCUGCCGCUUAUAUGUACUUGUUUUCCGCAGUCUUUCCAUUUCAACCAUUGAUAUCCUACAGACGAAAUUAAUUUUGACACCUAUUUAAUUGUGUUUAUGAUGCAGUCAUGGACAGGGCUGCCUUUUCAGUCAAUGCAGAUUCCUGUUUGCUUGUAAUUCAAGAUAUUCGUUUUUUAACGCUGUAUAUUAUUUUUGGAAUUGAAUAAGUUUAUUUAGUAUUUAUGAUACAACAUUGGUAUAAAGAUAUUUUCAAUUUGAAUGAUAUCACGUUUGCGUGUGUGAAUCUGGGUGAAUUUCUUAAAUGACUGCGUGCAUUUGAAAUAAAAUUAUUACAUAAA